AUGGAUCCAAAGAAGUCAAACAAAAUCAGAGACAUUGUAAGGCUCCAACAAAUCCUCAAGAAGUGGAAAAGGCUAGCAAAUGCAAAUGCUCCAAAGAGCAGCAGAGCCACUAACAGCAACAAAGGCAUCAUCAAGUUCUUAAAGACUAAUUCUAGUGAUGGUGUUCCAAAAGGGUAUUUGGCAGUGUGUGUGGGAAAAGAGCUGAAGAGAUUUGUAAUCCCCACCCAUUUCCUCACCCACCCAGCAUUUCGAACAUUGCUUAGGGAAGCAGAAGAAGAAUUUGGUUUUCACCAACAGGGUGUGCUUCAGAUUCCAUGUGAGCUCCCUGUGUUUGAGAAUAUCUUGGAUGGCCUACAAUGUGACCACCAAGAUUUCUUUUUUCAUAAUCAUGCUGAUUGCGACCUCACUCCUCAAAUGUGUACAUGA